AUGGAUUUAGUAUGUCUACCUUUGAUGAAUCUCUAUGUUAUCCUUGGAAUGAACUGGUUGGAGUUUAAUCAUGAUCAUAUCAACUAUUUCAACAAGACAGUGUCACUUCAAGAGUUUGAUGUUAGUGAUGAGUUUUUCGUGUCGGCUAAGCAGGUGAAUGAGUUCGUAAAGGAUGAUGAUGCAGUGUUUAUGAUAUUAUCUUCUAUGAAGGCAAAAAGUAAAGUUUUAUUAGGAGAGUUACCAGUGGUGAGUGAUUUUCCAGAGGUGUUUCCAGAUGAUAUCAAGGAUUUGCCACCAGAGCGCGAAGUUGAGUUUACUAUUGACUUAGUGUCUAGUACUAGUUUGGUGUCGAUGGCUCCUUAUAGGAUGUAUGCUUCAGAGUUGAGUGAAUCGAAGAAGUUACUGGUAGAUCUAAUUGAAAAGAAGUUUGUUCGUCCAAGUGUUUCACUGUGGGAUGCGUCGGUAUUGUUAGUGAAGAAGAAGGACAAUAUUUAUGAGGCUAUGUGUUGA